ACAGUCACGGCUGCUGCUUCCUCAGCCUUGCCGCAUGCACCAUGCAGCCCCCUCACCUCCUCCUCUUCCUCCUUCUCCCGAUCCUCCUCCCUGGGAUGUGGGCAGACCCAGAGGCAGAGCCACAGGUUAUCCAGUACCUCCUGACUAGCCUCUUCGCCAACAUCAGCUCUGCUGAGGUGUCAUGUGUGGCACUCGUAGGGGACAUAGCCAUCUUUACACUGGAUCCGGCCAACUGGAGCAUCCACUUCCACUGGCCCUGGGUCAGCCAGGCUGCAGCUGAAGAUGAUGGGGAAAAGAUGAUGUCCCAGUACAAAAUUGCUCUGCGCAAUAUGAUCCGAUUUGUGCACGACACAGUUCAGCAGACAAAACAGCACUACCCCUUGGUGGUUCAGUUCCGUGCAGGCUGUGUGCUGUACCCCAAUACGACGAGCCAGGGCUUCCUGAAUGUUGGCUGGGAUGGCAGAGACCUCAUAGCUUUUGAGGUAGAUAAACAGGGCUGGGAGGCCCGGCAGUCAUCCCAGCUGGCAGAGCUGGUCAGCAAGAGCCUCAACAGUCAGAAGUCUCUCAGAAUACUCCUGGAGCACCUUCUCUCUGUCUGGGUAUGCCAGAGCAACUUCCUCACCCUGAAGAGGUAUGGGAAGGAAAUUCUAGAGAGACAAGAGCUGCCUGUGGCCACGGUCUUCGCCCGCACCCCCAGCCUAGACCAGCUGCUGCUUGUUUGCCAUGUCACUGGCUUCUACCCCCGUCCCAUCAGCGUGGCCUGGCUGCGGGAUGGCCAGGAGGUGCCUCCGGGCCCGGCGCUCAACACCAGCACCAUCCUGCCCAACGCUGACCUCACCUACCAGCUCCGCAGCGUCCUGGCCGUGGCCCCCCGUGAUGGGCACAGCUAUGUCUGCCGUGUGCGCCACCACAGCCUGGGCACCCGCAGCCUUCUCAUCCCAUGGGAAAACCACAGUGCAGCUCCAACCAUCAGUAUCACCAUUGCAGUGCUGGUUCUUGUGGCCACAGCCUUUGCUGGGGGUUUUUGGUGGUGGAAACGCAGGAAAGGUAACGAGGCUACAUGGGAGACCCAGGAAUUCAUCAUUUGAGGCCUUGCUGCCCACACAGCAACAGCUGCUUGCUCUCCGUUCUUACUUCAUGCCCCACCCCUGACCCAUCAGCACCAACACGAUUUUGUUCUGGAAAACAACUGCAUUAAACAGCUAUGAACUUCUUCUGA